GAGUGGUUUGCAAAGAUGGACACUCAGCAACUUCUAUCUCGUCUGAAUCGUGACACUGCUCUGCAGGCUCUGGGAACAUCCGUGGCCCUGUACGUGGCGUACCGAGUGGUCAAACUCGUUGUGUGGUAUCAGCGUCUGUUCAGCUUCUUCAACAACUGUCAGGGCGCGAAGGACUUCUCCUGGAAGACGGGGAACAUGCAUUUGUACCCACUGGAUUUUGAAAAGCGUGUUGCAGUGGAGCAGGAAUGGAUGAGGAAAUUCCCCAAGUACUACCGACUCUGGAUAGGGCCGCUGCAUCCAGUCAUUAGGGUCUACCACCCAGAUACCAUCAGAGCCAUCAUCAAGUCUUCAGAGCCAAAGCAAAGGGGAUUUGGGGGCCAAUAUGAAGCAAUUGUUCCCUGGUUGGGGGAGGGUCUCCUGGUUGCUGGCGGGCGCAAAUGGUACCGAUCUCGCCGCCUCCUCACUCCCGCCUUCCACUUCGACAUCCUCAAACCCUACGUCGACGUCACCAACAAAGCAGUGGACAUCAUGCUGGUUAGUGGACUACAUGGGAAGAUGGACAAGCACGUGAAGGAAGGCUCCAGUUUCGACUUGUUCAACAUGGUCAGUAUGUGCACGCUUGAUAUCCUGUUGAGAUGCGCCAUGUCGGUCAAGGAAAACAUACAGCAACAGGGAUCGCGGUCACCGACUUACUCACUCUGGCUACAGACCGAACCCUCACCCCUUGGCACUUCUUUGACUUCAUCUUUCGACAACACGUCCAAGGGGAAGAAGUUCAAGCAGCAGUGUGACUAUGUACAUGGCUAUGCGGAAAACAUCAUCGACAAGAGGCGACAGACCUUGGAGAGUGACGGUCCCCCCGAGGCCCGCUACCUGGACUUCCUGGACGUCCUGCUCAGUGCCAGAGAUGCUGAUGGCAAGGGUCUCAACCCGCUAGAGAUCAGGAAUGAAGUCGAUACGUUUCUGUUUGAAGGACACGAUACAACGGCCAGUGGGGUAUCAUGGACGCUGUAUUCCCUAUCGUCCAAACCGGAGUACCAGACCAGGAUCCAGGAGGAACUGGACACAUUGCUGGACGGAAGAGAGUCCAAGCACAUCACCUGGGAUGACAUCCCCAAGAUGGAGUAUAUGACGCUAUGUCUGAAGGAAGGGCUGAGGAUCCACACGGUCGCUCCCUACGUCAGUCGGAGACUGGAACACCCCAUGGAUAUUGACGGGAAGAUCUUCCCUGCAGGAACAGUCGUCUCACUGGGGUUGUGGAACAUUCAUCACAACCCGGAAGUGUGGGAGGACCCGGAAGUCUUUGAUCCUGAUCGGUUUCUGCCCGAGAACAUCCAGAAGAAGGACCACUACGCAUAUGUCCCCUUUUCAGCUGGCCCGAGAAACUGCAUCGGACAACAUUUCGCCCUCCACGAGCAAAAGGUCAUGAUAGGAAGAAUUCUUCAAAGAUACAAUCUGGAGGUAGAUACAAGCCACCGAGCAGGCCGGAAGGAUGCCGGUGUUAUGAAGGCCACUGAAGGUCUGUGGGUGUUCGCAAGGCACAGACACUAAACAUUCCAGCACAAAGUGGACAGUCUGCUUACAACUACAACUGGACAUUCUGACUACAACUACACAGACACUGAAUAUUCUAGCAAAAGGUGGAUAUUCUGACUACAAUUGCAGCUGGACAUUUUGACCAUAAUUACAGUUAAUGAUGACUGUCAUGAAUAUAUUGAACUGGGUUGUUUUGGACUGAUCAUAACGUUUGCACACUGGUUUGAACUCUGUACGAUAAUAUGACUGUUUGAUACUAAAUGGUGGCCUUUAAUAAAGCAGCUCAUGACAAUUUAAAAAAAAUAGCACUAAUCUCAAAUAGGAUGUUAUAUUGGAUAAUAUGAUGUAUUUAUUAGGCUAAAAGUUGAAGUCAUAACCAUUGAAAUACGGAUAUGGUUAUAUUUGAAUGAGCCAUCUUUACCAGAAAUACAAAGAUGAACUAGUUUUGUCCACAAGUAGAAAAAUCAAAGAAAAGCACUUUCAAAAGUUGAAUUUUUUUAUUGCCAAUGUUAUUGCAUUACAUACAAGCAAUAAACAAAAUCCUUUCCAUA